UCCUGCUGGAGGGGGGCGUCCAGAGCCCUGGAAACAUGCUCCUCUGCCUGUCCCCGGCCUGGCUGAGCAAGGUGCCAGCUCCCGGACGGCCUGGCGAGGCGGCGCUGCAGGUCUCCAAGGCCGUGAGCUUCCACCCGGGGGGGCUGACAUUCCUGGAUGACUUUGUCCCCCCGCGCCGCGCCACAUACUUCCUGGCGGGCCUGGCGCCGGGGUCCGGCUGGGCUCAGGAGGCCGCCGAGCUGGCCCGGGGCCUGAGCUGCCCCACGGGCGCCUCGGCCGAGCUGGCCCGGCUGCUGGAUGACCGGCUGCUGGCGAGGUGGUUGCUGGCCCAACAGGACGGUGUGGCGGUGCCAGCGACCCUGGCUUUCACCUACACGCCACCCGCCCUGCUGUCGGGAGGCACCGCCAGCCCCAGGCUCCGGCUGGUGACACUGGGCGGCAGAGAGGGCCAGGAGACACGGGUCCAGGAGGAAGUGGGUGCCUUCCUGCGCUCUGAGGCCCUGGGGGACGCCCUGCAGGUGGCCGUGAAGCUCAGUGGCUGGCGCUGGCAUGGGCGGCAACCCCUCCAUCUGUACUCCCGGGCAGAGCCGGGCACAAUAGUGGACACCGUGCUGGCCUUGCUAGAGAAGCUGGAGGAGGAGGAGAGUGUAAUGGUGGAGGCAUUCUGCCCACCUGCCCGCCUGCCCUGCCCAGGCAGUCCCCCACCCGGCCCCGAACUGGCUGUGCGCAUCUGUGCUGUCGUGUGCCGGACCCAGGGUGACAAGCCCCUGCUGAGCAAGGUGGUGUGCAGCGUGGGCCGCAAGGAUCAACCUCUACGACACCAUAACUCCUUGCCGCGGACGCUGGAGGUGGCCCUGGUGCAGUGUAGCCUGGGCGAGGCGGCACAGGUGGCGGUCCUGCGGCAGCGCGUCAAGGCGGCGGCCGAGGCGGCGCUGGCCGCUGUGCUGGCCCUGGAGGCCGGCCUGAGCGCUGAGCAGCGCGGCGGGCGCAGGGUCCACACCGACCUUCUCGGCGUGGACUUCGCGCUGACCGUGGCCGGCCGCUCGCUGACGCCCGUGGCCCUGGAGCUGAACCGAGGCCUGUGCCUGGAGGCGUGCGGCGCGCUCGAGGGGCUGUGGGCGGCGCCGCGGCCGGGGUCGGCGGCCGACGAGGCCGUGGCCGCGCCGCUCGUGGAGACCAUGCUGCGGCGCUCGGCGCGCUGCCUCAUGGAAGGGAAGCAGCUGCUGGUGGUCGGCGCGGGAGGCUUCAGCAAGAAGUUCGUGUGGGAGGCGGCGCGGGACUACGGGCUCAAGCUGCAUCUGGUGGAGUCCAACCCCAACCACUUUGCAUCUGGGCUGGUACAGACCUUCAUUCACUUUGAUGUGACAGAGCACCGGAAGGACGAGGAGAAUGCCCGGCUGCUGGCGGAGCAGGUGCGGGCACGCGGCCUGCAGCUCGACGGGUGCUUCUCCUACUGGGAUGACUGUCUGGUGCUCACGGCCUUGCUCUGCCAGGAGCUGGGUCUGCCCGGCAGCCCCCCGGCAGCCAUGUGCCUGGCCAAACAGAAGAGUCGCACCCAGCUGCAUCUGCUGCGCCGCCGCGGCCCGCCCUGGCCAGCGCCCUCCCUCCACGCAGUGCCCUGCUGCCCACUGGAGAGCGAGGCGGACGUGGACAGGGCUGUUUGCCAGGUCCCCCUGCCGGGCGUCAUGAAGCUGGAGUUCGGCGCAGGCGCCGUGGGCGUGCGGCUGGUGGAGGACGCGUCCCAGUGCCACGAGCACUUCUCCCGGAUCGCCCGGGACCUGCGGGGGGAGGAGGACCACCCCGGCAUCGGGCUGGGCUGGGGCAACGCCAUGCUGCUGAUGGAGUUUGUCGAGGGCACCGAGCAUGACGUGGACCUGGUGGUGUUCGGCGGGCGGCUGCUGGCCGCCUUCGUGUCGGACAACGGUCCCACGCGGCUGCCGGGCUUCACGGAGACGGCGGCCCGCAUGCCCACCGGGCUGGCCCGCGAGCAGGAGGCGCAGCUGGUGCAGGCGGCCUUCCGCUGCUGCCUGGGCUGCGGGCUGCUGGACGGGGUCUUCAACGUGGAGCUCAAGCUGACGGGCGCCGGCCCGCGGCUCAUCGAGAUCAACCCCCGCAUGGGCGGCUUCUACCUGCGCGACUGGAUCCUGGAGCUCUACGGCGUGGACCUGCUGCUGGCCGCUGCCAUGGUGGCCUGCGGCCUGCGGCCCGCCGUGCCCACGCGCCCGCGCGCCCGCGGCCACCUGGUGGGCGUCAUGUGUGUGGUGUCGCAGCACCUGCAGGCCCUGCGGUCCAGCGCCAGCCGGGAGAGCCUGCAGGCGCUGCACGACCGGGGCCUGCUGCGUCUCAACCUGCUGGAGGAGGCGCUGGUGCCCGGCCAGUACGAGGAGCCCUACUGCAGCGUGGCCUGCGCGGGGCCCAGCCCGGCAGAGGCGCGGCUCCGCCUGCUGGGACUCUGCCAGGGCCUGGGCAUCGACGGGCCCCACUACCCCGUGGCCCACUUCCUGUCCCACUUCCAGUAGUGGGUAGGGGGUGGGAGGCAGGCAGUGGGCUGCAGUGGAUGCGGGGGACCUGGCCCCCCAGCCCGCAGCAUCAGGCACCUGGACUUGAGGGCCACAGCAGAGGCCGCUGGGCCUUGUGCCUUCCCAAAGGCUCCGGUCCAGCCCACAGCUGCCCAAGGACUCGAGUCAGACAAAAGUGGCCUUAGCCCCCCACCCUGGGCAUCCCGCAGCCCCCAAGCCUACUCCCCCUUCCCUUCUCAGGAGGCAGGAACCCCAGAACCUGUAUCUUUUACUUUUUUUUUUUUUUUUUUUGCUUUUUGGGUCACACCCGGCGAUGCUCAGGGGUGACUCCUGGCUCCGCAUUCAGGAAUUACUCCUAGCGGUGCUCCGGGUACCAUAUGGGAUGCUGGGAAUCGAAUCUAGAUCGGCCACAUACAAGGCAAACGCCCUACCCGCUGUACUAUCGCUCUGACCGGCCCCCCCGCCCCGAGCCUGUAUCUUGACCCGCCCCUUGAACAAAACCCAGGAUCGUUCUGACUCUGCAGGCACCAGUCCAGCUGCUCCCUGUAGCUGAGCAGAGAGGAAGCAGGUGAGCUGGAACCGCCAGGGAAUGCCCCCCGGCGCUCUGUUGCCCCCCACCGUCCCCAUGAGUGGGCCAAGCACCCGCUCUUCUGUGCCCUGGAGACGCGUGGCCGUGCCCCGCCAGUGUGUGUGUGCACCAGUAACACGUCCACUGCUCCCUGCCACCCUGCCGGGCGCCCGGAAGGCCACCGCCCCGGGGCUUUCCCUUCCUGGACCGGGAGACAUGGCACGGCUGGCACAGAUGGGCAGAAGUCUCUGCAGGCUGGCGAAGUUCCCGUAGCAGAUCUGUGUGCCCACAUGAACCCACUGUGCCGGGAACAUUAAAUCCGAACACGGUUAUGCCUUCUCGGUUUGAUACCAUCGGACUUUCACCCGAAUCACAAACGGAUGGAUGGACGUGGAAUUAAACAGGUUGCAGAAAACGCGAAAGGGCUGACAGACCGAGAGGGGAAGAAUGGCCGCUGCCCAGAGGAAGCAGGAACCGUGUCGUGCUGGCGGCCGGCGGCCGGUCCUGGUUCCAGUCCUAAGCACCCGCACCUCCCUGCCUCCAUGCAUAGGUGGCCCCGAGCCCUGGGAGCCCCUCCGUGACCUGCCCCUUCCCCGCCCAGCUUCAGAGUUUGACUUCUGGUACACCACACCCCUUUGGUCAGGGACAGUGUCUAUACCCCCUCACUCCGGGCAGCUGCUUUCAG